CAUAGAUAGCGAUAUAGACGUUUUCGAACAAUGUCUCCGGUUGAUAUUGAGACUUGAAUUGUGCUGAGAGAUAAGAUUAAUGCCCAAUACCAUCGAGUUAGAUGAUUCGAAUUCAGUGCUGGAUGAUAGUGGGUCUGGGUUCGCCAGUUAUUUCUUGUAGUUCAGUAGACCAAAGUUGUUGGAUAAAUAGUUAAAAUUGGUAGACUGAACGAACGGAACAUGAAGCCGUUUAUGUUGGCCAUUGUGGCCAUCCUGUGCGUGACAAGUGAUGCAGCGCCCAGAACCGCUAAACAGACUGAGCAAUUGAAGGAUUUUCCGCUGGACGAGAUCAUUCCCAGCCAAUUCAGCCAGCGUAGUUUUAAUGGCACUUGGUUGACUGGCAAUGAAUUCAUCUUCCGGAACCAGACGGGAGACUAUGUCAAGUAUAACAUUGAAAAUGGUUUGGAAACAACAGUUCUGGAGGCUAGCUUUUUGGAUAAGUGGCCUGGUGCUUCCCUGCAGUUCAUAAAACCCGAAGUGGACAAAGUGCUAAUCAAAUAUGAUACCCGUACUGUCUUCAGACAUUCAACACUCUCCAAAUUCACCGUAUUGGAUAUAACUUCUGGAAUUUCAUACGACGUAGCCAACGCUGAAGAAAUAUCUGUGUGCAAAGUUUCUCCAAAUGGGCAAUCUUUGGCAUACGUAAAAGAUAACAACGUUUACUAUCGUGCAACGAUUUUGAGCACAGUGGAAAUUCCCCUGACAACCGAUGGAGUACCUGGAGUUAUUUAUAAUGGAGCCCCUGAUUGGGUUUACGAAGAGGAAGUUUUCGGAACGGAUGCCACGCUUUGGUUCUCAAACGAUGGAAGCCAUAUUGCAAUGGUUAGCUUUGACGACACCGACGUGAAGGAGUUCUCGUAUCAUAUGUAUGGCGAACCAGACGAUCCCGAAACCCAAUAUCCUGUAGAGUACAAACUCCGGUACCCCAAAGUCAACACCACUAACCCUACAGUUCAUCUAAGGGUCAUGAAUCUAGCGAAUACCGACGAAUGGAUCGAAUUACCUGCACCGGAAGAUAUCGUCACCGCUGAUCAUGUCCUAGGCAUAGUCAAUUGGAUUGGAACCGAUUUGGGAGCAAUCUGGUUGAACCGUAGACAGAACGUAGCGACCUAUCAACGCUGUAAUGUGCAAACGAAAGCUUGUACCGAGAUUGUCAGAUUCAACGAACCAAACGGUUGGUACAUGUUGUACAAUCCGACCUGCACCUCGAGCGGCGAUCGCUGCUUCUUGUUAGCAAAUUCCAACGGUUGGCAACGAGUCUGGGAACUCAACGGAAACAAUAUAAACAGUGACAAGUCCCCAGAACAGUAUACCGUUUCCAGCAUUAAUGGCUACGAUGAAAGCAAAGGCAACUUGUACUACACCGCAGUUCCUGCAAGUGAACCCCAAACUCGUCACGUCUACCGCGAUGGAGAAUGUUUAACGUGCAGCUUGCUCAAAGACAAACUUAGUAGCAAUACCCCUUGCAACUACGCCAGCAUGUCAUUCAGUACCGACUUCUCGCAUUUUGUGGCCACCUGCUCAGGGCCUACCCCAUCGUACUCUCAAAUUUAUCGUACCGAAGAUCUGCAGCUUCUCGUUGAAUGGGAAUCGAACGAAGCACUACGCACUCAACUAGCGGCAUACAAGGAAACCCAAGUCCGAUUCCUCAAGGUGCCGGUCGAGGGAGGAUUCGAAGCUUCCGUCCGGUUCUAUCUUCCAGCGGAAAUCGAUUUCGAAAACCCAGAUAAAAACACUGAAAAGUAUCCGAUGAUCGUUCAGGUGUAUGGUGGACCGAACUCCGCCCGAGUUAUCGAUACCUUCACCGUUGGCUUCGGAAACUAUCUGACCACAACCAAGAAGACCAUCUACUGCCAGAUCGAUGGACGCGGUACCGCCAAUCAAGGUUACGCCUUUCUGUUCACUCUCAACAAUAACUUGGGAACGGUGGAGAUCGAGGAUCAAAUCGCGGUGACUAAAUAUCUCCAGGAUACUUACAGUUUCAUAGAUCGAGAUCGGACGGGAAUGUGGGGCUGGAGCUACGGUGGUUAUGUGACUUCGUUGACGCUGGAGAAGGACAACGGACAUGUGUUCAAGUGUGGAAUCUCGGUUGCGCCGGUUACUUCGUGGAUGUUCUACGAUUCAAUCUAUACGGAACGGUACAUGGGGUUGCCUCGAGCUGGCGACAACGAAGAGGGAUACACAAAUGGCGACGUCAGUCAGUAUGUGGACGGAAUGCGAAAUCACAUGUUCCUGUUGAUCCAUGGCAAUGCCGACGAUAAUGUGCACUACCAGAACUCGAUGGUGUUUGUUCGGGCACUUGUGGACGAAAAUAUCGAGUUCGAACAGAUGUCUUAUCCUGAUGAAGAUCAUGGACUCGGUGGUGUUUCGAAACAUUUGUAUCAUACGAUGGAUAUAUUUUGGAAUGAAUGUUUCGCUGAAUGAAGUCAUGUAUAAUAUGCAAUGUUGACAUUGGAAAUACAUCAAAAUGUUUUAGUUGUUUUUAUUUUA